UGUGUGCUGCUGUGUGAUUGAGUUGAGUUCAAUGUUGGCGAUGUGCGGAGAGAGGAAACCACUGCACGCACCGCAAAGAAUGACAGCUCGGUUCAUCGGACGUCUUCGAUUAACUUUGGAUGUUUAGCUGAUGUCGACUUUUUACCUUUUUCUUCAAUGGAAUCAACAAGAGACUAGUAAAAUCGCAGCCUUCACAGGAACAGCAAAAACAAUGUGUUGGAAUUUAGUCUAAGAAGCAGCGGCUUCAGAUUCUAAAUAACGAACGUGAUAGACAUUAAGAUAUAAGUCAGUCGCCUGCUGCAGAUAUUCACCUAACUAUUGUUUUAUUAAUGAUCCCAAAUAUCAGCUAGAGCUAAGAGUACGUCUUCCUACAGCCUAGUGUUGCACAUUUAGCUUAUAGCCUAGCCUACUUGGCAGACGCUCCUGGCAUAUAUAGAGAGCUCUUAUAUAAACGUUUUCUGCGUUUAAAAAAAGUAGGCAAUUCAAGAAGACAACCGUUCAAUUCUACAGUUCAACCUGAAUUGAAGUAGUUAGGAGAUCAAUGAUUUGCACUCUAGUGCGAGUGGUGCGCAAAGAAAUGUCCCUCUCAUGAGGCGCAAUGUCUUUACAGCUUCGCAUCUUCCAUUGACAGGACAGUUGCUGGGAGAGUCACCGGGAGACCAUCAACCAAGAAACUCGAUAGGCUGUCCAGAGACAAUCUGUUGAAGAGAUACACAAAAUGGCGAGACAUAACCAUCGAUAUUGAGCCCCCCUGUGGUUGAUGGUGAUGCCUGAACCCAACCCAGCAAUGCAGAAGACGAGAACCUGGUGGUGGCAGGGACGACUGGGAGUUUCUCUGCUGUUUCUGGUUUUCCCGCUCCUCAGGACCGAACCGCUCCAACUCGAGCUGUCGUUCAAUGGACUUUCGGAGCCCCAGAAUGUGACACUGGCUGCUAUCCUGCCUUUGCACAACACUGAAUACCCAUGGGCCUGGCCUCGCGUGGGACCCGCUCUGAUCAGAGCUCUGGAGCGAGUCAAUGACGAACCCACCCUGCUGCCGGGCCACCGCCUCCGCAUUGUCUACGACAGCAGCGAAAGCAAAGACGGAGUCUGCUCCGACUCAGUGGCGCCGUUGGUGGCCGUGGACCUCAAGUUCUCCUACGACCCGUGGGCCUUCAUCGGGCCUGGCUGCGACUACGCUUCGUCUCCUGUGGGCCGCUUCACCACCCACUGGGACGUUCCCAUGGUGACGGCCGGGGCAGCGGCCAUCGGCUUCAACAUGUACACGUCCAUCACCAACACGGGCCCCACACACAAGAAGCUGGGCGAAUUUGGGGUGCGCCUGCAUCGCCAUUUUGGCUGGCACAGGCACGCCAUGCUCAUGUUCAGCGACAACAAAGAUGAUGACCGGCCAUACUACUUUACGGCAGAGGGGCUGUACACGCAGCUGCAGCUGGACAACAUCACCACAGCAGACAAGGUCUUCAAUGAGCAGACUGGACCGGUCCAGUAUGAUGACCUCAUCAGUGACAUAAGCCAGAGUGCCCGAGUGGUGUACAUGUGCUGCUCAUGGGACACUUUCCGGAGGCUGAUGGUACAGUUCUGGAGGGAAGGCCUGCCCCCGGAGGACUAUGCCUUCUUCUUCAUCGACCUGUUCGGCCACAGCCUGAGGAAGCAGCCCGCUAGGCCCUGGUACAGAGGAGACUCAGACGACCACGCCGCCAAGAAGGCCUUCAGGAGUGUGAAGAUCCUGACCUACAAAGAGCCACAGAACCCGGAGUACAAGGAGUUUGUUUCCAACCUGAAGACGGACGCCAUGAACAUGUUCAACUUCACCGUAGAAGACUCGCUGAUGAACCUGAUAGCAGGAGGCUUCUAUGACGGCGUGAUGCUUUACUCUCAGGCCCUGAAUGAGACCAUGACAGAGGCAGGGGGCCGGCCGCGAGGGGACACCGUCACCAAGAGGAUGUGGAAUCGCACGUACCAUGGUGUUACUGGCUUGGUUCAGAUUGAUGGGGCAGGUGAUCGGGAGAUUGACUUUGCCUUGUGGGACAUGACUGAUCUUGACUCUGGGGUCUUUCAGAUCGUGUCCGUCUACAACAGCACCCUGAAGGAGCUGGUUCCAGUGCCGGGCAUGAAGGUCCAGUGGCCGGGGGGCGCCCCCCCCCAAGACAUCCCCGACUGUGGCUUCAAGAACGACAAGCCCGCCUGCUUAGCACGGACGGUCACUAUGCACCAGAUGGUGGCCAUCGUGGCUUGCUUCAUCUUCGUCAUCAUCGUCACUGUCACCGUCUUCAUCUACAGGAAGCUGAAAUUGGAGAAUGAGUUGGCUGCUCAGCUCUGGCGAGUGCAAUGGGAAGACGUGCAGAUGAGUGACCUGGAGAAAGUGCUGCGCAGGGCCUGCAGCAGACUCACCCUGUCUCUGAGAGGCUCCAACUGUGGCUCCUUCCUGACCAUGGAAGGAAACUUCCAGAUCUACGCCAAGACUGGCUACUACAAGGGAAACAUUUCGGCCAUUAAGUACGUCACUAACAAGAAGCGCAUCGAGCUCACCAGGAGAGUGCUCUUUGAGCUCAAACAUAUGCGUGAUGUUCAAAACGAGCACUUGACUCGCUUUAUCGGAGCCUGUAUCGAUCCUCCUAACAUCUGUAUCAUCACAGAGUACUGUCCCCGGGGCAGCCUGCAGGAUCUUAUGGAGAGCGAGACCAUCACCUUGGACUGGAUGUUCAGAUACUCUCUCAUCAACGACAUUGUUAAGGGAAUGGCCUUCCUUCACAACAGCGUCAUCGUCUCCCAUGGUAACCUGAAGUCCUCUAACUGCGUGGUGGACAGUCGCUUUGUUCUGAAGAUCACUGACUACGGGCUGGCUAGCUUUCGCGAAAAGUCCAAUAUGGAGGACACACACGCCUACUAUGCCCGGAAAUUGUGGGCAGCUCCAGAGCUGCUGAGGGCAGAUAGUCCCCCACCAUGUGGCACACAGAAAGGGGACAUCUACAGCUUCAGCAUCAUUCUGCAGGAGCUGGCCCUGCUCCGAGGUGUCUUCCACGUCGAGGGCGACACCCUCAGCCCCAAAGAGAUCGUAGAGCGCGUGGCGCUGGGCCAGUGGCCCUACCUGCGGCCCUCCCUCUGCCCCCAGAGUCACAGUGAAGAGGUGGGCCAGCUCAUGCAGCGCUGCUGGAACGAGGACGUGAACGAGAGGCCCGAAUUCCACCACAUCAAGCUGCUGCUGCGCAAACACAACAGAGGUUAUGGGUCUAAUAUCCUGGACAACCUGUUGUCUCGUAUGGAGCAGUACGCCAAUAACCUGGAAGAACUGGUGGAGGAAAGAACACAGGCUUACCAUGAAGAGAAACGCAAGGCCGAGGCACUGCUCUACCAGAUACUUCCACACUCUGUAGCGGAGCAGCUGAAGAGAGGGGAGACGGUGCAGGCUGAGGCCUUUGACUCGGUCACCAUCUACUUCAGUGACAUCGUGGGCUUUACCGCCAUCUCAGCAGAGAGCACGCCCAUGCAGGUGGUGACCCUAUUGAAUGACCUCUACACGUGUUUCGAUGCCAUCAUCGACAACUUCGAUGUUUAUAAGGUGGAGACGAUAGGCGAUGCAUACAUGGUGGUGUCUGGGCUGCCCGUGAGGAACGGCAAUCUGCACGGCCGAGAGAUCGCCCGCAUGUCGCUAGCCCUGCUAGAGGCCGUACACUCCUUCAGGAUCCGCCACCGACCUGCCCAGCAGCUCUUUCUGCGCAGUGGCAUCCACAGUGGCCCAGUGUGUGCUGGUGUUGUAGGACUGAAGAUGCCUCGGUUCUGUCUGUUUGGAGACACAGUCAACACAGCCUCUCGCAUGGAGUCCAAUGGAGAGGCCCUGAAGAUCCACGUGUCGGAGGCCACACGCGUGGUGCUGGACGACUUCAACUGUUUCCAGCUGGAGCUGAGAGGAGACGUGGAGAUGAAGGGCAAAGGGAGGAUGAAGACCUACUGGCUACUGGGGGAGAGCACCAGCAACAUGGCUUACUAGAGAGAGAGAGAGAGAGAGAGACGGGGGAGAGCGAGAGAAAGAGAGAGAGAGAUGCAUACUGUUUAGACCGUAUUAGAGACGUGGUAGAAAAGAGACGUAAGGGAAGGGAGGACUGAGGUAAAAGGAACAGACAUACAGAUUCACAUGGGAAUGGAGUGAAAUGGAAAUAAACAAAAAACUGUACUACUGACAACUCCCUCCUUAAUGAUAGUCUCAUUGACAGAGUCUCACUGACAGAGUCUCACUGCUCUUCAUGGGGAUACCUUGGUUCCUAUAGGUGGACAAGCCCUGUCUAGAUUGACUUACCAUGGUGGAUCUUCCAUGGACAGCUUUAGACUUGUAGCCUUUCCAAUCAAAGGAACGAUAUCACUGCUACACCGCCUUGUGCAGAUUGGCAAGGCACCACCUCUGAUUGACACAGAGGAUGGGCAUUUGCGAACGACGCCACCCAGUGUUCCAGAGUUAUAACUGUCGCUUUUGUGAACAAACAUUUUGGACAUUCUUGUUUGGACCUGUUGUUUGUGGUGACGAGAGUUGUCCAAUGUGUUAUUUUGUGGUUAUUUGACUUUGUGACUGACUUGGUGUUCUCUAACAUUUGUGUAGAGGCCUGAGUGUUAUGUGAAGCAUUCCCUGGUGUUUUUCUAUUUAUUUCACAGUGUUGUGUGUUCUAUAUUACUAUAUCAGUUUGUUCUAUAUCAGUCGAACAUGAAUCAACUGAAGUCCAGAGGGGUAUACUACGAAUGUAGCUAGAUGUAUUCAGGCUUUUCUGAAAUUUGCUAGCUUCAGUUAGCUUCACGUUCCAGCUCAGGCUUCACGCAUGUUAUGAAGGCAGAUCAGGCAGAUAUUGAUCGUUCACCCGCCGCUUACUUGAGUCGGGCUUGUAACUGCGCGUUCAUGUCGCACAUUGCUAGUCGAAAGCCAAACUGAGACAAUAGUGAAACAGACGGUGGACGAGUCGGUGACACAUUUUCAUUUUUGCCAAAAUCUAAAUGAGUGCCACGACUCCCCACUCCUAUCGAUAAAAUCAUUGUAUGAGUUCAUACGACAGUUUUACUGCACGUGAAGUUUCAAAUGUAUCCGGUCAUUACUAAAUGUGUUGUGUGAAAUGUAUUUGAAUAGUACUAUUUAAAACACACACGAAUUUGAUUGGUCCUCAACUCUUUGAUUGGCUCAAAGACUUCAUUCGGGAUAAAUUGAGUAAACACUGAGUUAGCCUUCCCGGGAGCAGAUUAGUUCUGAAGGAUUCGUUGCCACAGAAAUGUACCUGGUUUAAAGGUGAGCCACAUUUGUGUCACCGGUUAUCCCGAGUUGAACUCAGAGUUGACCAAAGUUACCUCGCUAACUCCUCAAACCAGAUUCUUAGAAUAGGGCUCAGUAAUCCAUAAUAAUACGAGUCCACAAAGUGUGUCCCACAUCCUACUAGGCUAUGUGCUUUAGGAGGAAGUAGUGGAGGCCAUCACCACCAUGCAAGUGUAGGCUAUCUAAUUGACAUUGGUGAAAUGUCUCAAAUUGACACUUAUGGCUGUUAAGUAAGGACAUUAGGCUUGUAAAUAAGUCCAUGUGCAUUCAACAGGACUGUUCAAAAAGAGAAUUUACAGCUUAAAGUAAUCUUUUUGGUCAUAAAAAAUAAUUAGCUUUAAUCUUCUCAAGAUAAACUGCGAUGACAAUGAAGAAUAGAGAAUUAGAGUUGGCCAUAAAUGUCAACUUUUGGGUGAAUUACGUAUUAUUAUCUAGUCACAGGUAAUGGUUAUAACCAGCUAAUCCUCUCACAUGAAGUUCUUAUAUUACAGACUCAUUUUGAAGUUCAGAUUUUCUAAUAGUCCUUUUUCCUUUUUUUUUUAGAAGAUGAUGUUAUACUCAAUAACUUAUAUUUCACUCAAGGAUACAAAAUAAUGAGUGAGUCUAGCUCUUCACUUCUGUUACUGAUAACAAAGGUCAGAUUUAUUUCAGAUUGGGAGUCCUUCUAAAUGGCAUACAUAGUAUAGUGAAAAAGGAUAUAUUUAAAUGCCCAUAAACUCUCAAAGUUGACUCUCUGAGGAUACUGGUUUGGCUUGUGAUUUGCAAACAUUUUACAACAAACUACUCUUUUGCCUUUUGUUCGUUGGUGUUUUUGGGUGGCUCUGCUCGUUGUCUAUCUGAAAGGAACAGCUGCACCACCUAGCUACUUGGCUCAGAAGUGGAGCAUCACUGAUAGGCAGCAGGCACCCAUAUACCAACCAGCGCUAUGGACCAUGUGAAUGUGCUCUCACUUGAACGGCCCUAAUGUCACGACUCCCACCGAAGGUGGCUCCCCUGCCUGUUCGGGCGGUGCUCGGCGGUCGUCGUCGCCGGUCUACUAGCCGCCACCGAUCCCUUUUU